UUUGAGUUUAAUCAUGAGCUUUCUCAGCAAUCCUCCACGUCUCUGGAGAACGCCACAUCAGGAUUAGCCUCACCUGUGUGUUCAGAAAGAGGGAAAAACAGCCUAAUUUAGGUGCGGUUGGGUUUUAUUAAAGUUUUUUUUUCGGCACCAUGGAUCAGGGGAUGAUUUUGAAGAAAUAAGACUCCUCUACCGCUGUGGGGUCGAUCCCGAUCAUCCUCGCUCUACUGCUUUGCUUGGCGAUGGAUUUUCCAUUGAGCUGAUUCAUACCUUCUGACAACGAUCCUGAGGAAAUCCUGCUACCGGCCAACAAGAGGUCCAGUUCUGAGGAACGUUUCUCCAAACAUUAAAGCUUCUGCCGUUUGACACCUUUCUUCAGAGGCGAGGACACCAACGCUUUGAACAAUGGCUUUGAUGGUGGUCAAGUUCGACUUGAAAAAACGAGUGAAGCUGGCUCAGACGGUCUGGUUCAUGUACUGGUUCGCUGUACUGGCUGGUAUUCUGGUGCUCAGCCUGGGCCUGUUCUUCAAGAUCGAGCUGCGGAAGCGAUCGGAGCUCAUGGACAACAACGAGAGCCACUUCUUGCCCAACCUGCUCAUCACCAUGGGGCUCAUAGCCUGCGGGAUCAAUGCCUUUGGAGGCAAGGUCUGCUACGACUCCCUGGACCCGCUGAAGUUUGCAAAGUGGAAGCCGGUGUUGAAGAGCUUUUUGGUUUUCUGUUUGGGAUUCAACGCCCUGCUUGUCGUCACCUCGCUGCUGUGCUUCGUGAUGAGGAUCCCGCUGCAGUUCACCCUGGCUGAGGGUCUAAAGAACGGCAUGAAAUACUACAAGGACACGGACACGCCGGGCCGCUGCUACAUGAAGAGGACCCUGGACCUCAUGCAGAUGGAGUUCCGCUGCUGCGGGAACGAUAACUACAGGGACUGGUUUGAGAUCCAGUGGGUCAGCAACCGCUACCUGGAUUUCAGCUCCAAGGAAGUCAAAGAUCGCAUCGGCAGCAACGUGGACGGCCAGUAUUUGAUGGACGGCGUGCCGUUCAGCUGCUGCAACCCCAGCUCCCCCAGACCCUGCAUCCAGUACCAGAUGACCAACAACUCGGCUCACUACAGCUACGACCAUUACACCGAGGAGCUCAACGUGUGGCGCCGCGGCUGCAGGAACGCCUUGCUGUCCUACUAUGGCGGCAUAAUGAAUACCAUCGGAGCCCUGGUGUUCCUGGUCACCGUGCUGGAGGUUGCUGUGACCGUGGGCCUGCAGUACGUGGACACGUCUCUGUCCACGCUGUCCAACCCAGAGGACAUAGAGAGCGAGAGCGAGGGCUUCCUCCUGGAGAAGACGGUGAAGGAGACGUUCACCGACAUCAUGGCCAAGAUGAAAUCCAUGGGCAAAGGGGCGAAGGUGGAGGAAGGGGGCGAGGAGGGCGUGGCUACCGUCAGCUGAGCAAGCCCCGCCCACCUGCGGAAACUGUAAACCUUCCAACCCUGAAGUGAAGAGGAACGUUUUCUACCAGACUUUUCUAGCUUACAGCUCACCUGCAGACGAGGCCAAAUACGUUGCCAAUCCCGAUAAACACGUCAUUUCAAAUCUGAGAGUUUUUUAUUGCUGCAGCACAUUUUCACAUUGGCAAUUUUGCAAAAUAAAGAAAUUUAUCUAAUUUCAAUACAGAUGGAGAAAAUUUAGAAAUAAUUGUUUGCAUCCCUGCAGAGUCUGAUGACACUGAACUCAUGAGCUGCUGUUCAUCCUUCAUCCUGCUGAUCUGUGUCAGACUUUAACCUCUAUCCAGGAGGAGAAGGAGGCCCACAGCAUGACAGAUUCUCCACCAUGCUUAACACAGGGAAUCAGGUGGUGUUCAGUACAUUUAUUCUUAGAAAUAGCUUUUUUGGUCACAUCUGGCAUCUAAAGU